UUGUGUCCAGUUUCUUUUAAACAUAAAACACGAGCCAACUGUAACACCGUGUGGGACCUAACGCCGAAGAAGGGAGAAAAGAAGUGUGCAAGUAUGUAACUUGUCCAUUUUUAGCGAGGGAAGAUGUCCUCCUUUGAGAAAAAAGCUCCGAAGAAGAAGUUGUUUGGGGUCUGCGGUCUUCUAUGGUGGUCGCUCCUGCUCCAGCUCACGUCAGGAGCGUCCUUUUAUGGCGAUGGCUUUGUACAGCUGAAGGCAACAAAGUCGUCCGACCAUAACAGGCUUCGUGUUUGCUUCCGCACAUCCAGUACCAAUGGCCUGCUGUUCCUCGCCGCCGGCCAGGCCGUAUACUUUCUGCUAGAGCUUCACGCUGGUCGCCUGCAGUUGAAACUGGACCUAGGAUCUGGGGAGCAAGUAUUGCAGUCGGAAAGAGGCACACAGCUCAAUGACCUUGCCUGGCACUCUGUGGACGUCACCCAUUGGAAGAGCAAUGUGACGAUGACAGUAGACAAGAACUCUCACACAAGUGCAGAAAUCCUUGGCGCUCAUUAUGUUCUCAACAUCUUGGAUGGUCUGUUUAUUGGAGGUUCGAUUGGCCUUGACAGACCUUACCUUCCCAGAGACGCCAUUGGCUUUCGAGGCUGCAUGGAAGAUGUUGUGUUCAAUGAACAUAACCUGUUGUCAUCGCUCAGGCCUUAUACAGGAUUCAAGACUGUCCAUGAGGUGUCUUUAGGUUGUAAUCCUCAGUUUUUUGCUACUGAAGAGGAUCCAAUUAGCUUAUUUAGCUCCAGGGCCUACAUUUCUCUUCCACAGUGGAAUGGCCAGCAAGAAGCUGUGUUUGAAUGUGUUGUGCACACUUCGGCCAAAGAGGGCAUAGUCCUCUACAACUCUGCCAGAGAGGGGGACUUUGUGGCAUUGGAGAUUCAAGAAGGCUUACUUGCCGCUAUUAUUGGAAAAGGUGGUACCAAAACUGAGCUGCGUUCACAAACAUUUAUUAAUGACAGAAAGUGGCAUGCUGUCAAGGUGCGCUUCAGUUCUAAAAUGCUUGAACUAACUGUCGAUGGAGAAGUGGUGAAAAGCAGCAUUGGCUCACGCUCAAAAGGGCUGCAGUUUAAAGGCUACAUUUUCAUUGGAGGCAUUGACGACAGCACAAGAUCAGAAGUCCGAAAGGUUGGGUUGUUAUCUGUGUCAGGAAAACGUAUGCGUGGAGGCUCGUUUAAAGGAUGUCUGAAGAAUAUUGAAAUGAAUGGAGUGAAGAUGGGUCUUUCUAAUGCUGUUGCCAGUAAGGAUAUUUCUGUUGGCUGUGAACCAGAGAAAGAACCAGUACCAUUAACCACUGUGAUUCCAACAAGUGCACCGGAAUCCCUGUUUUUCUUGGUGACCCCAACGCCUUCAGUACACAUGUCAACACUUGCAAGGGGCUUGGACAGAAGGUAUGGCUCAAACUUUAUGCAGUUAAAAUCCCUUAUAGUUGAAGAAGGGAGCCGAGCAUCUCUUGAAACCAAACACAUCAAGGUACUCUUAGACUUCAAGACGCUUGGUAUUCGUCAGUCUCAGAUCAUGUUCCGAGUUCAAGAACAACCAAUGCAUGGUCAAAUAAGACUUGAUGUUGAUCAGGACCAACCUCAAAAUUCCUUCAGCAUGUUGGACCUUUGGCAUGAACGAGUCAUGUAUAUCCAUGGAGGCUCUGAAGAUCCAGAUGACUUUUUCAUGUUUUCCAUUUAUUCCAGCAGUCGGAAGGAAGUUCCAGAUUAUCUGAGGGGUAAUAAAUUAUACCGCUUCAACAUUACAGUAAGACCCACCAAUGAUGCACCUGAAUUGAGUCUGCCAGAAGGAAAUCUUUUUGUCGUCUUGGAAAACUCAAAAAAACGUCUGACUGCGGACAUACUGAAGGCCACAGACAUUGACAGCAACUACAGCAAUAUUGUAUUUACCGUGCUCGGGAACCUGAAUGCAGACGCCGGAUUUUUGGAAAUCGAAAACAACCCAAAAACAGCAGUGACCUCAUUCUCUCACUCAGAUUUGCAAGAAUCAAGAGUAUAUUAUGUCCACACAGGGGUUAGAAACUCGAGGAUAGUGCUUAGAGUCAGUGAUGGGGAGAAGGUUAGCAACACUGUAGUGUUAAGGGUAAUGGCUGUCACACUUGUGUAUAAGAUUGCCAACAACACAGGUCUUAAUAUCAUCCAAGGAGAGAGAGCCAUAAUUAGUUCAAAACAACUGUCUGUGGAAACCAAUGCUGUGAAACAAGUGAUUGACAUCCGUUAUGACAUCACAGAACAACCACAGUAUGGAGAACUCCAGAGACUUCACUCAAGUGGAGAAUGGAGGCCCACAGACUCCUUUUCUCAAAGGCUUCUAGAAAAAGAGAAACUAAGGUAUGUUAGCACUUUUCAGGAGAUCCAGACAUCCAAUGCCACUGAUUAUUUUAAAUCUAAGGUCCAUGUUGCCUCAAGGGCAGUGACAGAAAUACUUUUCCCAAUCACUGUGAAGUGGGUAAGGUACAGUUUGAUGAAGAAUGUAGUGAUGAACCUGGAUAAAGUCAGAAAAGUGACGCUUGACUCAGAGUAUCUCUUUGCCACGGCUGAGGGUGUGACACUAUCUGAGGAAGAUCUCUAUUUUAGGGUUCUCACCACACCAAAAAAAGGAAAACUUUUACUGGCCACCACGAUCAUGACAAAGAACUCAACAUUUAGUCAAAAAGAUGUCACAAAUUUCAAAGUCCAUUAUGAACUUGUUGACCGACCUCACGAAGACACGCAUGACAGGUUUAAAUUUCACAUGUUUUCCAGCCAUUCUCAGUCUCAGAACUAUGAUUUCCAGUUUUCAAUUAAAGCGGAUGUCAACAGUGUUUUUAUCAAGAAUGGUGGACUAGUUCUUCAGGAAGGAGAAAGUAAAUUGAUCACAAAAAAUGAACUGUUUGCAGAAACGUUGCUUACACAGGAUAUGUACUACACUUUGAUAAGCAGUCCCAAACAUGGAAAGCUUGUUCGCAUCAGUCGUUCAAAUUCAAAUUCUAGCUACAGCAACAUCUUAACCUUCAGUAAUCAUGAUCUCUUAGAGGACCGGAUAAUGUACAUCCACGAUGACAGUGAAACAAGCCAGGAUGAGUUCACUUUUAUUGCCUCAACCACCCAAGGUUUCAAAUCUUUCAUUGCAGAGGAUGAAAAUGGGUCCAAAGAAGGAACGUUCAACAUAACUAUUCAGCUUGUCAAUGAUCAAAAACCAGUACGUGUCAUUGAUAAAGUUUUCAAUGUAGUGAGAGACGGACAGAGGCUGCUCACUGCUGAAGAUUUGCGUUACCAUGAUCCAGAUUCAGAUUUUGAAGACAACAAGUUGAUUUACAUCCGCCGUGGAAUCCCCAUGGGAGAUUUAGUGCUGGUUAAUGACACGAGUCAUCGACUUUUUGAGUUUCGCCAAAAGGAUUUAGAAGAAAAGCAAGUCUUGUUCAUUCACAAAGGCGUAGGAGUUGGCAGGUUUGUGCUCUUUGUUUCUGAUGGUAAAAACUUUGUCACAAGUCUUUUAGACAUCAGUGCACAGGACCCUUUUCUGAAAGCUGAGACAAACACUGGUUUACUGGUGCAGAAAAGACAAUCAGUUACCUUUUCCCAAGCAAAUUUUAGUCUCCUAACAAAUCUGGACAUCAGAAAUGACCAAGACAUCAAAUUUAAGUUGAAUGCAACUCCAAAGUACGGCACACUCUAUCGAGAAGGAAUAGAGGUGGAGUCGUUCACACAGUCUGACCUCAAGAAUGGGAUCAUCUGUUAUCAACAUGACGACAGCAAACAUCUGGCCGACCAUUUCAACUUGACUAUAACGGCUAAACACAUGCAACUUGCUGCAAGGAUCAAUGUGAAGGUUUACCUGGAGAGUCAUCAGAGACCGCCUAUUGUGCAACAUCACAACGUCUUACUGGUAGAGGAAGGAAAACCAGUCAAGAUUGAUGAUUCCAAACUAGAGGUCACACAUGAGGACAAUGUGCCUUCUGAGAUCGUAUUCACAGUCAAGGUGGGCCCCUAUCAUGGCUAUCUACGACGUUUUGUGGAAGAUGAAGAAGGUUACAUUGGAACCAAAGAGUCACCUAUCAAGACAUUUUCCCAAAAGGACAUUAACAGUGGGAACAUCCAGUACGUGCAGGUGGAGCUCAACAAAGUCAACGACACCUUCGUCCUAGAUGCCACCAAUGGGGUCACUGACGUCGGCGAUAUUAGCAUGUCGGUUGACAUCAUACCUCGCCUCAUCCCACUUCAGGUCUCCAAUUUCAUUGUGGAUGAGGGCGGAUACAAGGCCCUGACACAGGAAGUUCUUGAAGUCACCAGCCGACACUUUGCAGGAAUCAACUUCUUGUUCAAUGUUAUUGAGCCCGCGCAGCACGGUCACAUUGAGCACUCUCGGCACCCCGGUGUGCCCAUAACAUCUUUUACCAGGAGACAGGUGGAGCACGAGUUGAUCUACUACGUACAUGACAGCAGCGAAACGUUAGCGGACAACUUCACUGUGGUGGCCAAUGACACAGGCCUGAGGAAGCAGAGCGGGGCUCAGACGGUGUUCAUCCAAGUUGCAGCUGUCAAUGACAAGCCCCCUGUUAUUACGGCCAACAGGGUCCUUAGGGUUUGGGUAUCCUCAGUGACAGAGAUCGGCCUGGAGGACUUAAGAGCAAUGGACCGAGACACUCCCUCCGAGGAGCUCCACUUCAUGGUGACGCCCCCUAGCAAUGGACACUUGACCGUGAAGAAUGCUCCCAUGAAAGCAGUGCUCAAUUUCACCCAGGCCCACAUAGACCAGGGACAGCUGCUGUUUGUGCACAAGGGUGCCAUGUCUGGAGGGUUCAAUUUCCAGGUUAACGACGGUGUGAAUUUUACUCCAAGACAGAUCUUCAGCAUCACCGCAAGAGCAUUGGUUCUCAGUCUGCAGAGAAAUCGUCCUCUCAAGGUGUUUCCAGGCUCUUCAAGGGCAAUUUCCAAUAAUGAACUACAAGUAGUGACCAACGACGUCAGCGAUAUCUUUAACCGCACUAUUACAUUCAGUGUGACACGGCAUCCUAAGCUGGGACGCUUGGUAAGGAAGCAUCCUGAUAAUUCCACAGUUGACAUCUCCAUGUUCACGCAGGACAUGCUGAAUCGGAAAGAAGUUUUGUACAUUCAAAGCCCGAUUGAGUCAGUGGGUUGGGAAGCCAUAGAUUCACUGACAUUCUCUGUGGCAUCACCACCUUCGUCUCUGGAGAGUCAGACCUUUAAAAUUGAUAUCUCUUAUGAGAAUACAGGACCUGAACACAACACAGUUCUUUUGGCAAACACAGGUGGUAGAGUGACAGAAGGUGAGAGUGUCAUUAUUGACAAGUCCAAGCUUGAUGCCACGAACCUGAUGUCAAAGCUGCCAACGCCACAGAGGAGCUCCCAUGAGGUCUGGUUCCAGCUGACAUCGCUGCCACGACACGGUGUCAUCGAAGUCGGUGAACGAAACCUCACGAAAGAGAAGCCCAAUUUUUCCCAGUUCAUCGUCAACAAAUACGGCAUCACCUACAAGCAUGAUAACUCGGAGACAACCAAGGAUUCCUUUGUCUUUAGCGCAUGGGUAAACCCAAAGGGCAAAACAGCUCAACGGCCUGUAGAUGACAGCGAUGUUGUUGAGGAGUCGUUCAACAUUACGAUCGUGCCUGUGAACGAUCAGCCUCCUGUGUUAAAGACUAAAGCUCCGAGUCUGACUGUGGUACAAGGAGAUACAGUAGCCAUCAAGCCGGAGAACCUGAAAGUAGAAGACUUGGACAAUCCACCUGAUGAUAUUGUCUUCUCGAUAAUUAGCAAGCCAAACAAUGGUUACCUUUCUCUUGAUGGACAACUGAAUGAGUCGAUUGCAGCCUUCACCCAAGCCCAGAUCAAUAACGGAAGCGUUUAUUUCAUUCAUGAUGGUAGCCCUACUUCCGGUGUGUUCUACUUUAGUGUCACAGAUGGCCACCAUAAACCCAUAUACAAACUCUUCAACCUAGAUGUGACAAAGAUCACUAUCUCGCUGGUCAAUCACACAGGGCUAACACUUGAGCAGGGGAGCACCGCGGUUUGGCUUCUUCAAGACAAUCUCGCUGCCAAGACAAACGGGAGGAACGCCACUAUUCACUACCAAAUUACAAGGCAGCCAAAGUUUGGCAAACUUCUCCUGGACAAUAUUGAGGUGUCACAGUUUGAACAGGAAGAUGUCCAGACUGGACGGCUCGCUUACCACAUGACCAAUCUUUCUUCUGCAGAAGACAGCUUUGAGUUCACCACCUUCACUUCCGAGGGGAAUCUGAGUGCACAGGUGCUAAACAUCACUGUCACACCUCUGAUCCGGGUUGGCAAAAGUGUGAGGGCACCUAGUGGGAUUGCCUUAAAACUUAACUCCGCUACCCUUGAUGCUUCCAAACUGGCUGAUAUUUGUAGUUGUGAUCCUGUAUUUGAAAUUAUCUCCCACCCAAAUUACGGGAAAGUGGUUCGACCGAAGACAAAAAAAUCCCGUAAAUUUGAAACCCUUGAGUCUUUCACUUUCCAGGAUGUCACACAAGAGAAGAUAGCCUUGGAGUUGAAAACCAACAAGACUGGACUUCAAGAGUUAAAUGACUCAAUGGCGUUUUUGUUAAAAGCUGAAAACAUUCAACCUGCUAAAGGCGAGUUCCAUUUUACUAUUGUCCCGUAUGAUCCUGUGGAUCUUCCAACCACAACGAGUCCUGUGCUGACCACAUCAUCUCCCUCAAUGACAACAAUUCGGACUUCUAGAAAUGGAACAACUUCACCAGAGUGGUCCACAGCUAUCAUUUACACCCAGCAACCAAGCAAAAACCAACAAAGAUUCAAAGGACGCAACCGCUGGGGGAAGUCCAACAGAACAAGCUUUUUCACAACAACUCUUGGAAAACCGACAACCGGAACGGAUAAUUUUCCCUUCAUGAACACACCCGUUCGCGUGGAGUCUUACCCACAGAAGAGCUCCAACCCUCUACUGGUGAUUUUACCACUGCUCGCUCUUCUGUUGCUUGUCAUGAUCUUUGUGGUGCUGGUUGUUUUUCUUCGACACCACAGGCGACGGAAGCAGAGAACCGGCACGCCAAAUGAGCCCCCCCUUGCUGGUCUUUCAACCAACCAUCCACACCUGGGCCAAACCCAGAGAAGCACCACCGUUCCCACAGUCACCGUCACCCCACUGAACCCCACCGACACAAGUAGCCCCGCGCUCAGUCGCUUACUGGUUCAGAACCAGCGGCCACUCAAUACCAACGCAGUUGAUUCCAACAUUCUCAUAAGCUCUUGGAAUAGUGCUUCUCCCAACACAUCUUUGCAAAUGAUCCAGACUCCCACACUUCAGAGGAAUCAGUAUUGGGUUUGAGCCUAAACAGUUGCCACAAAGUGAGAAGCAUGAAACUGUCCAAAAAUGUCUUGCUAACAUAGAAAAAUUUAGAUUCAAUGGGAGUUGAUUUAUUAUACAGAUAAUUUAUAAGCUAAGAAAUUAUUUUUUUAUGCAAGCAACCAGUGAAAUAUUACAUUUUUGCUUAUUAGACACCACUCUUGGUUUUAGUCUGUCUUGCUGCUGACAUCUCUUUUUACAGUGGUACACUUUUACAGUACAUUCUGUGCUUCACCAGAGGGUGCUGUUGUUGCUACUGAACACUGUAAUGAUUGAUAAAGAAUACAAUCACUUCGACCAGAUAACGAUCAUUAAGGCAAGCAACCUAAUUUUGGUGCCUGACAUUAAUGGUUUUUAAACAUUGCGAUCUAGAUUGACAUAUUUUAUAAAUUGUAUUAUUUUUUUCCUCAAAUGUAUAUUUUUCAUUUACAGCAUUUUAUCUUUAUGAUGGUUGCAAGUGGGCCACCAUGAAAUUAUAUUUUAAGAAUAUAUUUUUAUUAGCCUGAUGACACUGGAUAAAAACUUAGCACUGGUAAUAUCAUGGAGAACUUUUACUGCAUACUCGUUUUAGAUUUACCCUAAGCCUAAGUAAGGCCCUUUCUACACUUAAGGUUAUCCAUGGUAUAUCCCACCUAACCUUGUCCUUGUCCACACACACACACAAUGCCACCGUUUAAGACCUCCUCCCCCUCCGUCCGCCAGCGCAAAGCGACCUCGUACGCAUAUGCGGGAAAAAAAUGCACACGUCAGUCACCUCUGACCUGGAAGUGUACUCUUACCCUGUGUUUCAAUGUAGUCUAUUGCCACAUUUCUUUUAACAGUAAACCUUGUUUGCCUCACCAUCAGCAGCUGUUAAACUGGCCCUAUUGUAGAGAAUCACACCUGAGCUAUCAUACAUGAAUCAUAUCUUUAAUGGAUGUAUGAAAGUAAACAAUGUGAUAAAGAACAUUUUACAACAAUCAAUCUAGGGAUCUAGAUAUCUGGUCAGGACACUGUGCUUGUAGGCUGAAAUUGGCGGUCGUACUUGACGGCCGCAACCACUUCAUGGCUUCACAAUAGUUAUGGAGUACAAAACUAGAUGUUGAGUAAUCGCUCGACAUACAUCGCGGACAAUAACUUGUAAUAGUCUGCUUUGCCGGUGCAAAUGCAUUCGCUGUUUUCCAUAGUCUUCCCUCGUCCACGGGAGCCCGCAUUCUCGUUCUCACCUUCGACAAAUGGACAACGUUUUUAGCUAAGUAGAAUCACAGCUGAGCUGGACAUUCGAAAGUUAUCUUGCCGUUCCGCUGGCACAACACACUCGUUGACGAACAUAUCCCACCAGUCUGCCAUUCUUCCAGGCCUUAUCCAAAACCGUCGCUCAACAUUGCUAUGUUGCCGUCUGAGAUUUGUUGUAUCUCAAAUAGCUGCAAUCGCACGUUAAGGUAUUCAUGUGUGAUUUCCACCAGUGUCUGUACAUGUAGAAGAAGGAGAAACACGGGCAUGUCUGGAUGACUCGCCUCCAUCUUUUCAGAUACCGCUUGUUAUGAAGCUGGCUGUGACGCGUUUUUCUGACGUCACUUCCUGUACAGUGUGCACUUCCUCUCCGAGCUCAGUUUGUUGAGUCCGUACAAAGCUAAGAGCUGGAGAUUCAAGAAAUACACUGCACACUUAAGCUAGGACAAUGAAGACACGAUCCUUGAGGAACAAGACCAGGAGACUCAAUCAAGUGGAUCAUCCAGAGAGCUCCUCUGAUUUAUAUAUAGCUCAGCAAAACCAUGAACAAAGACGAGAGACAAUCAGCCAGUCAAGAUCAGCAACUCCUGAGAUGGGUAACACAGAGCUCCUGCAUCCACGACCUACUGAGGAUGUUGGCAGUCAUACUCAGCAGUCAACAAGAAGGCAUGGAUCUGAAGAUGACUGUUUAACGCCUGUGCCAAAUCAAGAUGCAGACAAGUUGUUAAGUGAUGUCUCAGAUUCCCCUCUUAAUCCUGCCAUUCAACAAUCUCUUGAGGACUCUGAAGUGAAGUUUGGACCCAUUGUUGGUGAUGCUAGUGAUACUCAAGACACCACACUUCCCUGGAAUCCACAUGACUUGAGCAGAAUGCAGGUACAAUGUAGCACUAACGUCUUACAGUCCUGUAAAAUUGUUACAGUUUUUGUACAUUUAUAAAAUGUACAAAAACUGUAACGUUACCAUCCGAAGAUCUUUCACCCUAAGCUUAUGUUUUUAGAUUCAUUUUUCAUCCAAACAUUUCAAAACUCAUUUGCAAUUUAAUGCAUCGUAGUAUGAAAUAGAAAAGCGGCAAAUCUAAAACCACAACAUUAUCACCAUUUUUGCAUGCUAAUUGAUACAUUGAUUGUCAAAAUGUUUGAUUCUUUUCUGUUCACUGAAGGAUUAAUCAAUCAAUAAUCACACCUAAUUACCUUUUUAAAAUAUCUAGCAGCAUUCUACAUUCAAUGAUGGUCCUGUAUCAUCAAGCUGUCUUCCAGCAUCACCAGAUCCAUUUGACAAAGAAAUCCUUAUUUUGAAAUUAAGACGAGUAAACAUAGUUGAUGAUGUCCUUAAUGUCUUCAUGGAUCCAAAACUACUGAAUGCUAGUCUAAGAAUGGAGUUUACAAAUGAGAAAGCUAUGGACAGUGAUGGUGUGUUAAGAGAGGCGUACUCCGCAUUCUGGGACCACUUCUUGGACCAGUGUGAGGGGGAAGAUGAACGAGUACCCAGGCUACGACCAGACUAUUCUGAGAAGAAAUGGCAAGCUCUCGGAAGAGUGUGGUUGAAAGGAUACCUGGACCACAAAAUCCUACCAAUCAGACUGUCACCAGCCUUUGUUCUUGCCUGUUGUAAAGGAGUUAGCUCAGUGGAUGAAGAACUAUUGAGGAUGUCAUUUGCCAGAUUUCUUUCAGAGAAUGAGCGUGUGUCGCUUGAAAAAGCACUACAGGGUACCAUUGACGAAACUGUUGAGGAGGACUUACUUGAUGUCUUCUCCAGAAUGGGCUCACACUGCCUGCCCCCUAAAAACAAUUUACGGGCUGAUAUUUUAACAAUGGCACACAAAGCUCUUCUUCAAGAGCCAAAGUUCAUAAUUGACUGUUUCCACUCCAGUGUUCAUAAUGCUAUGCCAACGCUAAUAACCAAAGACAACAUAAUGGAGAUAUAUGAAUCUAAGAGGCCAACUAACAAGAAAGUCGCCCAGAUGAUAAAACCAUCAUUUGAAAGCCUAAAUCCACAAGAGCAGACUGCUCUUAACCACCUGCUACGGUAUGUGAGAAGCAUCGACCAAAGAAAAUUGGAGAUCUUCUUAUGCUUCUGCACAGGAUCUACUGUGCUGUGCAAAGACACAAUUGAAGUAAUUUUUAAUACAUUGUGUGGUUUAAGUCGCAGGCCUGUAGCACACACAUGUGGAGCAGUUCUUGAGUUACCAUGCACUUACAGCACAUACCCUGAGUUUCGCAAAGAAUUUGAUAAUGUCUUGUCUGGCGACUGCUUCACAAUGGAUAUUGUGUAGUGAAUGGAAAGCACAUCUAUCUUCUACACUAAGGUUAUUAUGGCAUUUGUCUGAUGCAAAAUGUUUCUACAGAUUUCCAUUUAUUGUUCUUAUUAAAACAGAGACCGUUUACAUUUUUUAAAUUGUUUUAUUUGCUUAUUUUUUCUGUAAAUUGUUAGGACAUUGAGAUUAAUUUUUUUUCCACAAGACAGCUUUGUCUUGUGGAAAAAAAGCUGUCUUUUUCAGACCCUGCUGACUUUUGAUAAGUCAGCAGGGUCUGUUCUCAUAGGUGAAUGUCCCUUUUUGUACAAUUAUUACAUUUUCAUGUGCAUCUUUUAUACAAUUGUUAUUCUGAAUGAUGUUCAGAAUUUUUGUCAUCAUUCAACAAAGAAAUUCCUGUUCAAUGCAAGUACAAUACAUUUCAAAUGGUUGUUCAGUUCUGUUCAUUUCGUCUUUCAUGUCCUGCCUUGUUUCUCUUUGUAGUCAGUGUACAUAUAGUGACAUAUCAGUCCUAUUUGCACCUCAGUUUUGCUGCAAAAUGUUCUUAAUGUUUGUGGCAUAGCACUGUUCAAGUGUAGUCAGUGUGGACAUGUUGUAGCCCUGAAUAAUCUGAAUA